GCUUCACAGAAGAACAGAAUUCUUCAAGUAUUCUCAAGAAUCUCAACCACUCUCUCAUCAUCCUACUUCUUCCUACUUGUAAGCUAUCCAUCUUUACCACUCAAGACGCGAGCAGCAUCCACUGACCAUACCACAGACGUGUAAAGCCUUUCAUCUCAUCACUUCAUAGAACAUCCCACGCGAGAACCUCUGAGCGUCAGGUUCGACCUCAUUCGACAAGAUGUCAAACGCGGCAGAACAGAUCUUCUUCUACGGACAGGUCACCGAUCCGGCGCACGCCUCAAGCUUCGACGUGCUGACGUACCUCGAUCUGACCAACGGGGGCACCAUACUCUUCCAAGCCAUAAUCCUUAUCACAAUCAUCAUCUGUUUCCUGCCGGACCUGGCGCCCUUGACCCUGACCGGGGUUCAAAGGUUCAUCAUCUCGCCUAUCCGCUCCUUGCUACACGAUAUCCACUGGGCCGUCCAGCAGCUGUCCAAUGGCGAGUCUCGCAAGAGCUUCUAUCGUUUAUGUUACGCCAACGCCCAAGACACAAUCCUCAAUUCUAACCUGGUCCAACUUACCUUCAUCGGAAUCCUUUGGUUCUUUCCAACCAACCGGCCUUUGAGUACUGCAUGCCGCCUCUGGGCCCUAGCGGCCGGGUCCAAGUGGAUGUACAUCUCUGCUCUGAUACCAGGCCACCAUUAUUUGAACGGCAUAACCGCGGGCUUCAGUCCCAUGGGACGGGACCGCUACGAAGACUGCCUUGCCGACAUGGCGCGCAGUGGGUUACCGGCUCGUUGGACCAAGGAGCAAUGGCUGGCGAGCUACCGCUGCUCCGGCGUGGAGACGGGGCUGGAACUGUACGAAACGGUCAAGGACCGCGCGCAGUGGCUGGUGCCACCUGUGGACAGCGAGGUCCGCCAUCUCCGCGUUCUUGCCUUCAUGGCCGUCUUGAUCCCGACCCUUGUUAUAGGGCUGUGGCUCUUUUAUGCUCUCUGCAACAAAGUUGCCGCUCUACGCCGGGGGAUGGCGCUGGCGGUGAACGGCGAGCCCCGGCCCACUGAAUGCGAGGCGUAUCUGUGGAACUUGUCCAAGUCUCUUGAGACUGCGAAUGAGAAAUUGCAGCAGUGCAUGGCGACGAGGGAGGCAGAGUUCCAGGCGGAGAAGCAGCGGCUGGAAGAGACCGUCCGUCACCAGACCGACCUCACUUCCCGCAGGAUUCAGAGCGCGCUCCGCCAGGCGAAAGACGCACACGCGGGCAUCAUCGACGAGUUGAAGAGGAAGGUCGUCCAGCUGGAAAAUAAUCUCACCAUGGCCAGAGCCGAGGCCCAGUUCGUCGUCGUGGAUGAAGUGGACGCGGCACGGGAGCAGUUCCUGAAAGACCGUAUCGUGCAGCUGGAGAAGCAGCUGGCUGGCGCGAAGAAGAAGAGCAAUGCUAGGAGUAAAAAGGAGCUACAGACGGUCAAGGAUGAGCUUCAGACUCGCACUGAUGAGUUGACGACCCUCACUGACAAGCUCUCUGAGGCUGAGACUCGCCGCCUGGUCACUGCAGAGGAGCACGGUCGUGAGAGUGAAACCCAGCUUCAGGAGUUUAUUAUGAAGAACCAGGAGCUUCUGGCUCAGAACCAGAAUAUCAUUGCAGAGUACGAGGCAUUCCGGGCCACACAUCAAGCAAACCUGCAGCAUAGCCAGUCCCUGGAAGCGAUGCAGCAAGAGCUGGCCGCCGCCCAUGCCAGAAACCACGCGCUUCAACAAGAGAAUAACUCCGUUGAAAUCGAAGCACAACUGAUGGUGGCUAAGUUAGAGUUCGACCUAGACGAAGCCCAGAGACAACUGGCGGAAGCGCAAUUCAGCGGAGCCAGCGCGCAGCAGAGCAUGCAGGAAGGCGAAGUGGCCUGCAACUUGUCUGUGGCGGAAGCGCGCGCUCAAGCUGAGCAGGCGCGAAACCAAGCGUUCAUGAUGCAGAAGAAUCUCGACGAGGUCACCGAGGAGAACCGCGCCCUCCAGAUUCAGAUCGGACUGGCGAUGAGGGACGCCCAGCGUGGCCAGGAACGGGCCGACACCGCGGAGCGAGUCAACAAGGUCCCCGAGGUCCGUCUGGCCCAAUGGGAGGAGAAAGCUCGCGACGAACAGAUGAUUCUCAAGCGACCGACCGCGAACGUGGGGUCUGUCAUGACGGCCCUCCAGCAGUGCCAGGUCAAGGUUUCCGAGCAGCAGACGAGGAUCAACGAGUUGACGGAGAAGCUCGAGAAGGCGAAGGUGGCCAGCCCCGCGGGCAAGGUCGAGGAGAAGCUCCGUGCCGACUUCUCGAUGAUCAAAUCGAUGUACGAACGGGAGAAGCGGGCACGCACGGAGGAUCAGAUCCGCUGGUCCAAGGAGAACCGCGAGUUGGAUGAGGAACUCCGCAAGCUGCGCAUUAGCAUCUCGAAUGCGAAGACCCAGCGUCCCAGACGCAGCCGGGUAGCAGCCGGACUGGCCUCCGACGCAUGUGACAUUGAUUGA